AUGCCGAGCCUUGUCGAAGACCAGGGCGCUCCGCCCGGCAGGCUGCUUUUGAUCUCGAACCGCCUGCCUAUCACUAUCAAGCGCAGCGAUGAUGGCCAGUACACCUUCUCCAUGUCGUCGGGCGGUCUCGUUACUGGCCUGAGCGGUCUCUCCAAGACUACGAGCUUCCAGUGGUACGGCUGGCCGGGCCUUGAGGUGCCCGAGUCGGAGGCUGGCCCCAUGCGCCAGCAAUUGCGCGAGAAGUACAAUGCAAUUCCUGUCUUCGUCGAUGAUGAGCUUGCCGAUCGGCACUACAACGGCUUUGCCAACUCCAUUCUCUGGCCCCUCUUCCACUACCACCCCGGUGAGAUUACCUUCGACGAAGCUGCCUGGGCAGCCUACCGUGAUGUGAACAAGCUCUUCGCCGACACAGUCAUCAAGGAUAUUCAGGAUGGUGACCUGGUUUGGGUCCACGACUACCACCUCAUGCUGCUGCCCAACCUUCUGCGCAAGAUGAUCGGCGACACAAAGAAGAACGUUCGCAUCGGCUUUUUCCUGCACACCCCGUUCCCUAGCAGCGAGAUCUACCGCAUCUUACCCGUCCGCGAGGAGCUCCUGAUCGGUGUGUUGAGCUGCGACCUGAUCGGCUUCCACACCUACGACUACGCUCGGCACUUCCUCAGCAGCUGCUCGCGCAUCCUGGGAACGGCGACGACGCCCAACGGCGUGGAAUGGCGUGGCCGGUUCGUGACGGUUGGUGCAUUCCCGAUUGGAAUUGACCCGGACAAGUUCGUCGAAGGCCUCAAGAAGCCGAGCGUGCAGAACCGGAUUGAGACCCUGAAGCGUAAGUUCGAAGGGGUCAAGCUGAUCGUCGGCGUCGACCGUCUCGACUACAUUAAGGGCGUGCCGCAGAAGUUGCAUGCCCUUGAGGUCUUCUUGACCGAGCAUCCUGAAUGGAUUGGCAAGAUUGUCUUGGUCCAGGUUGCCGUCCCCAGCAGACAAGACGUCGAGGAGUACCAGAACUUGCGUGCCGUUGUCAACGAACUGGUUGGUCGUAUCAAUGGCAAGUUUGGCACGAUUGAGUUCAUGCCAAUUCACUUCCUGCACCAGUCGGUUACCUUUGAUGAGUUGACUGCUCUGUAUGCCGUUAGUGACGUGUGCUUGGUCAGCUCAACGCGCGAUGGUAUGAACUUGGUUUCAUAUGAGUACAUCGCCACGCAGCGCGAUCGUCAUGGUGUUAUGAUUCUGUCUGAGUUCACUGGUGCUGCUCAGUCGCUGAACGGCAGUAUCAUUGUCAACCCAUGGAACACGGAGGAGCUGGCAAAUGCCAUUCAUGAGGCAGUCACUAUGUCUCCUGAGCAGAGGGAGGCCAACUUCAAGAAGCUGGAGCGCUACGUGUUCAAGUACACGAGUGCUUGGUGGGGACAAAGCUUUGUGUCUGAACUUCUGCGGUGCACUUCCUCGUCAAACUCGAAUGCUGCUGCUGCGGCAGCAGCACCUGAGAAGCCUUCUUCAUCAUUGGAGCCUCCGGUCACUCCAACCACUCCCUCACCGCCAGAGAAUGGCACGGCAGCUGAGGAGAGUAAGCAGAAGGAUGAAGACGUAAAGGAACUUGCUCCAGAGGAGGUGCCCAAGCAAGAGGGUCAGGCAUCUGCUGAGUGA